ACUCCAAGCUUCACGUCCAAGUAUAUAAUAAAUGCCCACCACCUCAAAUGCUACAUAAAUCUUGCCUUCCAACAAGCUCUAAGCAUCUCUAUUGUAUUGGAUUGUUGCUUUGCAUUUCAGAGAUGAAUUAUGACCCCAAAUAUGCCUAUCCCUAUCCUGCUCAAGGUGUUUAUCAAGGACCUCCUGUGAUGGCUCCUCCUCAGUAUGCCCCGGCUCCAGCACCACCUCCAAGACAAACGGGUUUUCUUGAGGGAUGCCUUGCAGCUUUGUGUUGCUGUUGCCUCUUUGAUGAGUGUUGCUGCGACCCCUCCAUUAUAUUUAUCCCCUAAAACUAUGGCUGUACUUAAUACACAGAAAACGAGGAGUUCUUUGUAUUCCUUAAAGAUGUAGUCGAAUUAUACAUGUACACAUUCCGGUCAUCUUCAAUAUC